AUGUCUUGUGCUUGGUUGUUCGAGAACCUCCGCGUGGAGCCGUAUGGAACGCUGCCUCUGAGUAACCUCAAUGCCAAGGGUGGCCCAUCGAAGCUGAAAGAUUUUCGUCAGGUAUCGUCUUACAACUGGGCUAAAUCGGAAAGUGAUGACCACAAACCGACGAUGGUCAUACCUGGCUAUCCGAAGGAGUUCGUUUACUGGAAUGGUGGUCAUCUGCCGCCGGACAGCGGUCAGAUGAUCUACGACCUGAACCACUUGUUGUUGCCAGACGGUCCAAUGGACCCCGUGUUCGAGGCGGUCAAGUUGACUGCCCAAGAUGCGGGGCAGGAAGUGAACUUCCAGGAAUACGAUAUCAUCACGGAUUGCAUUAACCUGAGGAAGAUCUUUGCCUUCUGCAAGGGUGAGGAUGAAGGCGGUGUGUUUCGCGUCGACCUGGAACGCGUUGGUCGGAUGGUAAUCGCUAAUAGGGUUGAGGGGGCUGACGUCAUCACUAUAGAUUUCGAUUCGUUCGACGAAAACAUGAAAAAGCAAUGUGCCAAGCCGCUCACCCCCAUUCUGGAUGGCCCCCAUUACCAGAUCGUGAGCUACAAGUUCGGCGACAUCAACAUGUUAGUCCGGUUCGAAACGGACUGCGCUAACUAUGGUGACCAGCGGCCGGUGAUCGACGAUUCGAAGCGCCCGGAAGUGAAUACAUUCUCGUACGGGAGCUUGGCUUACAUGAAGAUGGGUCAGCCGACUUCCGCUCCAUUGAUUUCCCUCACCACCUUUCCUCAGCGGCGUGGGUUCCCGUCGUUCGCUUGGCCCCUGCUGUUCUUCUCCGGCAUGCAGAACAUGGUCGUCGGCUGGUGGCAGGGUAACGGUGACUUCGAGAAGCCACCGGCCAGUUACAACCUGCAGGAGAUCAACAAGCUCGUUAAGCCGAUACCGUAUGUCUCUCUAUCAAAGGUGCACGACUUCCUGAAUAAGAUGAUCAAGUUCAUGCGCUCGAACAAAGAGGACCUGAAAAUCGGCCUGCUCUGGAAAGGCAACCAGUUUAUCGAGAUUUACGAAAAAGCGUCUGCUGCUCACUCCGCCAUCUCAGAGAAUGUCAGGCAAUAUCUAAAAAAUCAAGUGGUCAGAUACGCACAAACGGAAGAAACGAAAAACAAGUGA